AUGGACCCCGUCCCUCAAACCAACCCAGUCGACCAAGGCUGGGAAUCCGGAACUUUCGACUUUGGCUUUGAGGAAAACAUCGUUGAGCUCAUCGAAGAUAUCCUCGAGGAAGAGUCCCUGGACGACCUCUCAUGCUUCCCCGAGCCCACCAUCCCUUCACACCCAGUUUACGAACCAGGCAGCCCAGAGGACACUCGAGAGAAGCGCUACACCCCGCGUGAAGGAGCAUGGUGCGGCCACGAGGCAGUCCUGCGCAGCUGGUCCUCAGCCACAUCUCCCAAGUGUCAGCACUGUGGGGGGACUGCUCGAUGGCUGUGGGCGUGUACUGCAGACACGCCAGACCACUCGCCUUUCAAUCCUGACCCCGAGCCAAUCAUCCGCGACGUCAGUAUCCUCGCGCCGUGGAUGCAAAAGGCCAUCACGCGGGGCGAGUACACCGACGCCCAGGUCAAAAAGUUAUUGGACCACAAGAUCAAGGUGCUAGAGCAGUCAGCCUCAGAACGACGUCGAGUUGCGCAGCAAGGGAACGAAAAGCCUGCUGGGAGCCCCAAGGUAGUGGCCGCAUCGCUUAGCCAGGCGGUCGACAGUCAACUUGCCAACGACGACGAGACUACCCCAGACAAGUCCAUCGCACAAAAUCUGCCAAAGACAAGUGAACCCGCUAAAACUUGCCGACUGCUCGUCUGCCAAAGUUGCAAGCCCCGAUUCAUCGAACAAGGUUGGGGUGGGAUCAACGCCAUCGUCAACAAGCCAUACCAAGCACCGCCUCAAAUACCGGAAUACCUGGACCGACCAAUCUCGAACGCUACCAGGCUGCGUAACAUGCACGAGCACUGCCGGGACUGGAAUUGGAGCCCUGAGUUCCAGGUGUGGUGGGAAACGGCUCGAUUCGUUGGCGGGUACGAUCUCCUCCCCAUGCUUUUGAUGGCCGAGAUGAUCGGGUCUAACCAGACGCAUUUCAUCGAUUUUAUAGGCCAUAUGGUGCUUUACCGCCGCGUGACACGCAGUCAGAUGUGCCAGUGCCUGUACCUGUUAAGUCCCGAGGCGUGUACACUCCUCGUCCCGUUUCUCGGAGACGACGCGUGCUUUAUCCCAUGCCAUCCGGAACGGCUGGCUGUGGAGCUAGGCUUACAGCCCAUUCAGGAGGAGGAAGAGAGCCAGUAA